CUAUUCACAUUUUUAUUUUCUUACAAUUAGCCAUUCUGUUCCCUGCCUCUUCUCCUCCUCUCUCUCUUGACACAUCACAUCAUCAUCACAUCAUCAUCAUAAACAUCAAUCAUCAUCACAUCCACACACACAUAUCACUUUCAUCUUCGGAUCGAGUUAAAUCGGUUAUGGCUUCCUCGAAUAGACACUGGCCAAGCAUGUUCAAGUCCAAACCUCAUCCUCAUCAAUGGCAACACGACAUCAACUCUCCUCUCUUGCCUUCUUCUGCUUCCCACCGAUCUUCUCCAUUCUCUUCAGGGUGUGAGGUGGAGAGAAGUCCAGAGCCAAAACCGAGAUGGAAUCCGAAGCCAGAGCAGAUUCGGAUACUUGAAGCAAUCUUCAACUCAGGGAUAGUGAAUCCACCGAGAGAAGAGAUUCGAAGGAUUAGGGCUCAGCUUCAAGAAUACGGCCAAGUCGGUGACGCUAACGUCUUUUAUUGGUUCCAAAACCGCAAGUCCCGUAGCAAACACAAACUCCGCCUCCUCCACAAACACUCCCUCCCUCAACAUCAGCAGCAGCAACCGCAGCCUCUUUCCUCAGCCAAUUCGGCUUCUUCUUCCUCUUCUUCCUCCUCAUCCUCAUCCAAAUCCACCAAACCCCGCAAAAACAAAACCAAGAACAACACUAGUCUCUCUUUGGGUGGUAGUCAAAUGAUGGGGAUGUUUCCUUCAGAAGCCGCCUUUCUUUUUCCGGUUUCCACGGUUGGAGCGUUUGAAGGUAUCGCCGUCUCAUCCCAAUUAGGGUUUCUCUCCGGUGAUAUGAUCGAGCAACAGAAACCAGCCCCUCCAACGCUGGCGCCAAGUACCGGACUUCUGCUGAGUGAGAUCAUGAACGGUAGUGUGAGUUAUGGAUCUCAUCAUAAUCAACACUUGAGUGAGAAAGAAGAUGAAGAAAUGAGGAUGAGGAUGUUGCAGCAGCCACAGCCUCAGAUUUGUUACGCUACUACUCCUCAUCAAAUCACUUCUUACAACAACAACAUCAUGCUUCAUGUUCCUCCCACUACUUCUACUGCUACUACCAUUACAACUUCAGAUUCUCUUACUACUGUCCCAUCAACUUCGGACCAGCUUCAAGCGGGCGCGAGAAUAAGGGUGUACAUCAAUGAAAUGGAGCUUGAAGUGAGCCCGGGACCGUUCAAUGUGAGAGAGGCAUUCGGGGAAGAGGUUGUUCUCAUUAAUUCCGCUGGUCAGCCCAUUGUAACUGAUGAAUAUGGAGUCGCUCUUAACCCUCUUCAACAUGGAGCCUCCUACUAUCUGGUUUUGUUUUUUAAUCUCUUAGCCUUAAUUAUUUUCCCUUUUUAA